AUGCUAAUGCUAAUCCCCUAUGACGGCGGACAGGGCAGCGACGUCCCCUGUAGCUCCGGCUGCUGUGACCCCAGCAUUUGGAAUUUUCCGUUUUUACAUUUUACAGGUAUUUUUCCCGUAUUUUCAAUUUGGCGCAUUGCAUCAUGGGAACAAGAACCUGCACGAAGCGCAAAAUCUUGUUCUGUAGCCAUUCAAAGCUCUCUCUCCGACACUGAAUGUGUAUCCUGGACCCAGGUUGGACUUAGAAGUUGGAGUAAUCGGUUUUUGGCACCUCUGGGGUAUCAUAGGGGAUGGAAUGAAAGUCAAAUAUCAGCUGUGCAUUUAUGUGACGUUGCAGAACAGCAUCUUGAGGAAACGGUUUCAGAACAGUCAAGCUCAGUACAAACCAGACUGGCAGAGGAAUUGUCAAAGAAAGAAAAGACAAUAAAGGACUUCCUUGGGUCCAGAGGGGUGGAUAUUCCAGGAAGUGAUGCUGUCCAGCUGCUGCAUCCAGAGAGUCCUGAUCUUGACCUGCCAAGCACCCCAUGCAUCUUUAUAAUGGGUGAACAGCUUUUUAAAGUUGCUGUUGACCAAAUGAUUGUGAAUGACCACAUCAAGUCACCCAUCGCUGCCCUAAGCUACGCCUUCUCCAUGUUUUAUGUCUUGAACAUAAAAUAUCCAAAAGACAUGUCCCUGACACUGGAAUUUAUACAAAGAGUCUUUCUGGGCUUAAACCCCAAACGAGGGUCAAAGGCUGAAAUGAAGGGGAAGAAGCAUCAUCAUAUUCCACCCCGACUGCUCAAGUUUGUAAAUGAACUGUAUGACUUUGACAGUCCAUGGAAAAUUUGA